CACAGCACAGCCAUGGCUUUCAGGUUCGUCGCCUUCGCCGCUCUCCUGGCCGCCGCCAGCGCCGGAGUGGUGCCCGCCGGCCCCGUGGCCUACGCCGCCCCCGCGGCCUACGCUCACGCCGCCCCCGUGGCCUACGCUGCCGCCCCCGUGGUUGCCCACGCCAAGACCGUGGUCGACACCGACUACGACCCCAACCCCAGCUACAACUACGCCUACGACAUCCAGGACUCCCUGACCGGCGACGCCAAGAGCCAGCAGGAGUCCCGCCAGGGUGACGUCGUCCAGGGCUCCUACUCCCUGGUUGAGCCCGACGGCAGCCGUCGUACCGUCGAGUACACCGCCGACCCCGUCAACGGCUUCAACGCCGUCGUGCACAAGGACGCCCCCGCCGUCGCCGUCAAGGCCGUCGCCGCCCCCGUCGUCGCCAAGGUCGCCGCCCCCGUGGCCUACGCCGCCCCCGCUUACGCCCACGCCGCGUACGCCCCUGCUGUCCACUCCUACGCCGCCCCCAUCGCUAAGGUGGCCGCCCCCGUCGCCUACGCCGCCCCUGCCUACGCCCACGCCGCGUACGCCGCCCCCGCCGCCUACGCCAAGGUGGCUGCCCCCGUCGCCUACUCCGCCGCCCCCGCCGUCGCUGUGGCGUCCUACUCUUCCCCCUACGCGACCUACCACCACUAGAAACCAAUUUUAAAAACUUAGUAGACGCCAGAGAUGCGACUUAAGUUGCAACCCCUGACAAAAAAAUUAAAUAAACAAAUUUAAAACCCAA